AUGUCAAAGUAUUUUGUUUCAAGUCAUAGAGGAGAAAUUCAAGAUCUUAGAGAAAAAUUAAAUAGUAGUAAAGAUGAUGUUAGAACAGAAGCUGUUAAAAGAAUUGUUGCAGCAAUGACAGAAGGAAAAGAUGUUUCUAUGCUUUUUAUUGAUGUUUUAAAGUGUAUGCAAACAAAUAAAUUAGAACUCAAGAAGUUAGUUUAUUUGUAUUUAAUGAAUUACUCUAGAAGUCAACCAGAACGUGCUAUUUUAGUUGUUAAUUCAUUUGUUAAAGAUUCAAGUGAUCCUAAUCCACUCAUUCGAGCAUUAGCAAUUAGAACUAUGGGAUGUAUUAGAGUACAAAAUGUAUUUGAAUAUUUUAUUGAACCACUUGGAAAAUGUUUAAAAGAUAGAGAUCCAUAUGUUAGAAAAACAGCAGUACUUUGUGUUUUAAAAUUAUAUUGUAUGGAUCCAAUUAAUAUUGAACAACAUGGAUUUCUUAAUACAUUAAGAGAUAUGUUAUUAGAUGAUAAUCAAAUGGUUGUUUCAAAUGUUAUUGCAGCAUUACAUGAAAUUGGAAAUAAUGGAGGAAAAGAAUGGAUUAUUGAAGAAAAGAUGGUUAGACCAUUAUUAAGUGCAUUAGAUGGAAGUAAUGAAUGGGGACAAGUUUAUAUUAUGGAUGCUAUUGCUACAUAUAUUCCAAAAGAAUCAAAAGAAGCAGAAAAUAUAUGUGAAAGAGUAAUUAAUAAACUUACACAUAAUAAUCCAUCAGUUGUUAUGGCAGCAGCAAAAAUUGUAUUAAAACAUUUAGAAGUAAUUUCACCACAAAUUGCUAAUAUUUAUUGUAAAAGAUUAUCUGCACCAUUAGUUAGUAUAGUAUUAAGUAAUAGUUCUAAACAUGAUUAUGAAAUUCAAUAUAUUACUCUUCGAUGUAUUAAUUUAAUAAUACAAAAAUAUCCACAUUUAUUUAGUAAUCAAUUAAGAACAUUUUAUUGUUCAUAUGAUGAACCAAUUUAUAUUAAAAUAGAAAAAUUAGAAAUUAUGUUAAUGUUAGUUAAUGAAAGUAAUGUAAUGGAUAUUCUUGUAGAAUUAAAAGAAUAUGCUCUUUCAGCUGAUAUUGAAUUUGUUAGAAAAUCAGUUCAAGCAUUUGGAAAAUGUGCAUUAAAAUUAGAAAAAGUUGCAGAUAGAUGUGUUAAACAAUUAGUUGAAUUAAUUGAAUUAGGUCAAAAUUAUAUUGUACAAGAAGCAUGUAUUGUAAUGAAAGACUUAUUUAGAAAAUAUCCACAAAAAUAUCUUCCAGUAAUUGCAAAAUUAUGUGAUAAUUUAAAUACAUUAGAUGAUCCAAAUGCUAAAGCUGCUAUGAUUUGGAUUAUUGGAGAAUAUAAUCAACUUAUUACUAAUUCAUUUGAUCUUCUCAAUGAAUUUAUGAAUUCAUUUGCUGAUGAACCACUUAAUGUUCAAUUAGCUCUUCUUACUGCAUCAGUUAAAUUAUUUAUUCAACAACCAGACUCACAAGAUUUAGUACAAAAAGCAUUAAGUGAAGCAUCUAAUUCAGCAUCAUUUGAUAUUAGAGAUCGUGCACAUAUUUAUUGGAGAAUUUUAUUUGAUCAUCCACAACAAACACAUGAUAUUAUGUUAAAAGAACGUGAUGUCAUUACAUUCCAAACUCAACAACUUCAUCCACAAAUUCUUAAUUCUCUUAUUUCAGAAUUAGGUGAAUUAUCUGCUGUUUAUCAAAAAGUUCCAGCAUCUUUUGUAGUAAAAUUGAAAAAAAUUGGAGUAAGUGCUAAAUUAGAUGAAGAAGAAGGUGGAAGUGAAAUGAGUGAUCUUCUUUGCUUCGAUGGAGGAAGUUCUAAUCUUAUUGGAACUGCUUCUAAAAAUGUUUUAGACUUUGAUGAAGAUACUUCAAAGAGAAAUGAUUCAAUGAAAGAUAUUUUCUCUAUUGGAAAACAAACUGUUCCAAUUAAUCGUUUAGUUGCAUUACCAAAAACACCAACUGAUAUGAAAGUUGAUGCUUCAUUAAUUUAUGAAGGUGGUAGUUUAUUCUUACAAUUAGAAAUUACAAAUAAUAGUCCAUUAACAAUGACUAAUUUCCAAAUGCAAUUUAAUAAAAAUGUUUUUGGAUUAGUUCCUGGUCAAUUAAAUAUUGAUGCAAUUCCUCCAAAUAAACGUUGGGGUGCUUUACUUCCAGUUGGACUUAUUCCUCCUGAAAUUACAACUCCUGUUUCUUCUCGUUUAGAAGUUGCUAUCGCUAAUUCUACACAACAAAUUUAUUUCUAUGUUCUUGAAAUGCCAAUUGGUUUAUUAAUGAAAGAACAAUCUCAAGUUGAUAUUGCUAAUUGUGCUAAUUUAUGGAACUCUCUUCCAAAUACUAUGUCUAAAGAAUAUAAAGGAUCUGGACUUGAACUUAAACUUCAAAAAUUAUCUACUUUCAUUUUAGUUGCAACAAAAAAGGCUAAUGACAAAGAACUAUUAAUGUACACAAUUAAAUUCCUUAACGACAUCGACGUUAUGGUUGAAAUUACUUCUACUUCUAAAGGAUAUAAAAUCCUUGCUAAAUGCAUCGACAAACAAUAUUUAUCCUUUAUUUUCAAAUUCUUUGAUGGACUUUUUUAA